AUGUCGCACUUACAAAACCUCGAAGACAAGAUCUCACACACUUUCACUUCUGGUCAACCCGGUACCACCGGUCGUGAACCUUUUGAAGAUGACAGAGGUGAAGGAAACCCAUUCCACAGAGAACAAUCUCACGGUAAUCACCGAUUGAAAGGUGCCAGCGGAACCGGACAUCAUGAUAUCGGUACGGGGAGUGAUAUGAUCGGUCAAUCAUCGACUGGAACAGGAAACGAAAGAGAUAUCAACUCUGGUGAAGGUUUGAGAUCCCAUGAACAGAAUCCUUCAAGAGUCGGUGAAUCCGGAUCCGGCACUGGUACUGGAACCGGUCUUUCUGGUACUGAAUCCCACACCGGAACUGACUCCGGUCUUACUGGUACUGGAUCACACACCGGCACUGGCUCUGGACUUACGGGUACUGGAUCCCACCACCACUCUGGUGCCGGGGCCGGGGCAGCAGGUGCAGCAGGAGCUGGAAUUGCUGGCGCAGAAUAUGAAGCCAACAAGCAUUCUGGAUCUCACGGAUCUCAUCCCACUGGAACUGGAACUGGAACUGGAUCAGGAUUGACCGGUACUUCAGGAGUAGGUACUCAUGAGAACAGAGGUGUAGAUUACCCAACUUCAGGAUCUGGAUUAGGAUCCGGUGGAACUGCUGGAGGAGCCGGUAUCACAGCUGGUACCCACGCCUUAGGUCAAGGUCAAGGACAAGGACACCACCAUGGUACCGGAUCUGAUCUUACUACCCACCAACAUGAAUCUGGUUUGACCGGUUCUCACGCUGGUACCACAGGUGCAGCUGGAACUUUGGAGAAUGCCGCUAGAAGAGAGACAGGUUCUCACACUGGUGGUGCUACCGACCGAGUCGGUAACGUUGGACAAGACUCGGCCCUCUACGAACGAACCGGUGCUGGUGGACCUGUUACCUCCGGUGCAGCAGGUACCGACCGCUUCGAUUCAGACAGACAUCACGGUUCGGGUGUCACUGGUUCGAACGUGCCCACUGGAUCUGAAGGUACCGGUGAACAUGGUGACGAGAAUCUAUCUAGAACCAGCGGUGCCGGUGGAGUCCUCGGUACAUCCGACAAAGACUUUGUAGGACGAGACCGAAAGGCCGGCGCUGGUGGAGUCCUUGGUGCCUACGCAGAUGAGACUGGUCCAUUCAAAGGUAACACCUCUGGACCAGGGGGUAACACCGCUCUCACCGGCAGGGAAGGUACUAACCCAUCAGAGGACAACCCAGUCGCCAGAGCCAAAUCAGCAGGUCAAGAGAUCGGUUCCAAACCUGAAGGAACCUCUUCUCACCCCGGAGUAGCUCACGGAGUCACCAACCAACUAGAAGGUAAAGAAGGUCAAGAAGGUACUUCCGUAGCUCAAGAACACGGAGAGAAGAAAGGUCUGUUGCAAAAGAUCAAAGAAGCCAUCUAA